UUCAUUUACUACUCAGCUCACUCUGUAACCAGAGAAUUAGUGGCUUUUCUCAGUUCCAAUGGCCACCAAAUUAGGGUUCACCUUAACAUCUACAACCCCUUUUAAUCCCUCUAUUCAGAGACCCCUUGUCUCCGCUUCUUCUUCCUCCUCGACUAGGGUUGAGUCUUUUCAGAUCAGUGGCAGACAGCUAUGCCUCCGCCGCCGCCGCCUUUUGGUACUUCCGGCUAAGGCUACCGCUGACCAACAAGGCAAGGUCGAAAACGAUGACGUUGUUGACAGUAAAAUUUUGCCAUAUUGUAGCAUAGACAAGAAGAAGAAGUCUUUGGGUGAACUUGAACAAGAUUUUCUUCAAGCUCUACAAUCAUUCUACUAUGACGGAAAAGCGAUUAUGUCAAAUGAGGAAUUCGAUAACCUUAAGGAGGAACUCAUGUGGGAAGGCAGCAGCGUUGUCAUGCUAAGUUCUGAUGAACAGAAGUUUCUGGAAGCCUCAAUGGCCUAUGUGUCUGGGAAACCAAUUCUGACAGAUAAAGAGUAUGAUGAUCUGAAAAUGAGGCUAAAGACGGAAGGGAGUGAUAUUGUAGUCGAGGGUCCAAGAUGCAGUCUCCGUACUAGAAAGGUUUACAGUGACCUGACUGUUGAUUAUUUGAAGAUGUUGCUGCUGAAUGUCCCUGCGACUGUUGUCGCACUUGCAGCGUUCUUCUUUUUGGAUGAUCUGACCGGUUUCGAAAUCACAUAUCUUUUGGAGCUGCCGGAGCCAUUCAGCUUCAUUUUUACAUGGUUUGCUGCUGUGCCUGUCAUAGUUUACUUAGCUCAGGCACUGACAAAGCUAAUUAUCAAGGAUGUUUUGAUCCUGAAGGGCCCUUGUCCAAACUGUGGUACAGAGAACUUGUCAUUCUUUGGGACUAUACUUUCCAUUUCAAAUGGUGGUUCCACCAACAACAUCAAAUGCUCAAACUGCGGAACUCCACUGGUAUAUGAUUCGAAGUCGCGCCUGAUUACGUUGCCAGAAGGAAGCAAUGCAUGAUCAGAAUUUGGGAGCUCAAAUAAAAUGUAGCAUAAAUGUAAUUAACGAAUAAUCAGCACUCGUGUAUUGUGUAAGCGUUUUCUUGUGCUGAAGAAGACCAUGCAAUUUUCUUUGUUUUUGGGGUCUCUUUGGAACAUCUCAACAGCUGAUUGUGAAUAUGAAUACAAGGAAAGAAGAAGAUAUCAUGAUCAGACGGUUCAGAUUUA